AUGCCGCCGCCGCCGCUCGCCUCCUCCCUUCCUCUCCUUCUCUCCACGGCGAUGCACCGGCUACGGCCACGCCGCUGGUCGCGGGGUGCGGGCGGAGCACAGCCCUGGCGCGGCGUGGCUGGCGAGGGCGCCGGUGUGGAGGCCGCCGGCGCGGCCGGCUCGGCGACCACCCGGCGCGAGCAGACCCCAGGUUGGGCUCCCUUAAUCAUCCAGGGGGAACACCUACUCAAUCCUCGGGAGGACACCUAG